ACUACGACCAAUCUCGUGACCUGACUUGUGAUCGAACAUGAAGUAACUGUGUUAGGCGCUCCUGAAAUUAAUAUAUUUGUCUGUCUGGCAUUAAAAUUAAUAAACGUGUGUAUCGAAACUAACGUGAGAAAACAGCAAUCGUUUUAUCAUGGCGAAUAGUACGAAAAUCAAGGAGAUGAUUCUCCCGGACGAGAAUAUUGAUAUGCUGGCUGCCACUAGUAUUCUGCAGCAGCAAGCGGCUGACAUUAGGACUCAGCGCAUAAAUUGGCAGUCUUACCUUCAGUCACAGAUGAUAUCAAAAGAAGAUUACGACUUCAUAGUUGCCUUUGACGUUAACGAUUCUGCUGCAAGAGAAGCCAAACUGAAGGAAAAUCCUGGACAAGCUGCUAAAGCUUUCCUCAACUUGCUUGGCCAUGUUUCAAAAGAUCAAACUAUCCAGUACAUUCUUACUAUGAUUGAUGAUAUGUUGCAGGAAAAUCGAAGCCGUGUUGAAAUUUUUAAAGAGCACUCUAGCCGUAAAAGAGAAUCAGUAUGGGGACCAUUUUUAAAUCUCUUGAAUAGACAGGAUGGUUUUAUUAUGAAUAUGACAGCUCGAAUCAUUGCCAAACUGGCAUGCUGGAGUCAUGAUCUUAUGGAGAAAACUGACCUUCAGUUUUAUCUUACUUGGCUUAAAGAUCAACUCAAAUUGAGUUUUGAAGCCCUUCAAGAGGGAAGCAUGCAUGCUGAAGUAGCACAGGAGACCAAUCCUACUGAUGCUGGAGAGGCCAAUGAGUUACAUGAAAUACUCAAUCCGAACAACGAGUACAUUCAGUCAGUGGCUCGAUGUUUGCAAAUGAUGCUUCGUAUUGAUGAGUAUCGUUUUGCGUUUGUGUCAGUUGAUGGAAUUUCAACUCUUUUGAGUGUUCUUUCUGGUAGAGUGAACUUCCAAGUUCAAUACCAGUUGAUAUUCUGUCUCUGGGUGCUCACUUUUAAUCCUCUACUUGCCGAGAAAAUGAAUAAAUUUAAUGUCAUUCCCAUUCUCGCUGACAUUCUGAGCGACUCGGUCAAGGAAAAAGUCACUAGAAUCAUUCUCGCAGUAUUCAGAAACUUAAUUGAGAAGGUAGAAGAUUCUCAAGUUGCAAAGGAACACUGCAUUGCUAUGGUCCAAUGCAAAGUUUUGAAACAACUGUCCAUUCUGAGUCAACGUAAAUUCGAUGAUGAGGAUAUCACUGAAGAUAUUGAAUUUUUGAAUGACAAACUGCAAGCAUCAGUGCAAGAUUUAAGUUCCUUCGACGAGUACGCCACGGAAGUGAAGUCUGGUCGUUUGGAAUGGUCGCCUGUGCAUAAAUCUGGCAAGUUCUGGCGAGAAAAUUCCAGCCGGCUUAAUGAGAAAAACUAUGAGCUUCUUCGUAUUUUGGUACAUUUAUUGGAGACUAGCAAGGAUCCUCUGGUAUUGAGUGUUGCGUGCUUUGAUGUUGGAGAAUACGUGAGACAUUAUCCAAGAGGCAAACACGUUAUUGAACAAUUAGGAGGCAAACAACGAGUAAUGCAGCUAUUAAGUCAUGAUGAUCCUAAUGUAAGAUAUGAAGCCCUUUUGGCUGUACAAAAAUUGAUGGUACAUAACUGGGAGUAUCUUGGAAAGCAAUUGGAAAAAGAACAAACAGCUGGAGCUCCAGGAAACAAAGCUGGAACUCAGGUCUCAUCAUCCGAGCAGGACCUGUAAACAAAUAAACUCCAGGGUACUGAGAUGGAACAUUUUUUUUUGGCACCAAUACUAUCUCUGUUGUUGAUGGAACCUACGAUACAAUUAUAAGUUAUACAUUAUGGAAAUACGUUUGUGACAAAAUAUAUAUGUAU